GAAUUGAAAGUGAAAUACAAAACAAAACACAGAAAUGAGUGACAAAUCAAAUGCGCGCCAAAACAUCAACACUUGUGUCAACACGUGUUAGGCUUUCACUCAAUCGAAACAAUUGUUUUCAUUUUUAUUGUUUUUUAUUUGAUUUUAGUUUUAGUUUUUAAUUAUAUUUUUGAUUCAAUCGACCAUUUGUUUGAUCCAAAGACAUGAACAGAGCGGACGAAAUCAGGGAUCAAAUCAGACAAAUGCGAUAUCUUAUAGACGAGAAGAAACUGAUCGAUGAUAUGCUCCGUAAAGUGGAUGACCAGAGGAAUCGAUUGCAAUUGGAAGAGAUGCAGAUCCGCACCAUUAUAUACAACACCAAUCAAUCUUUGAACGAAUCGCGCGAAGAGGAAGAGACCGGCGAAGAAGUGACGGCCAAUGGAGUGAACGACGAUAGCAUUUAUCUGAGUUGUGGUACUCCGAGCGGUGCCAUCGAAGAGCCGAUUAUCAACUCGUUUUCGUUCAAAGAAUUGCCGAUCGGAGACAAAGAGCCCAAAGCUGUGGCCGAAACCAUUGAACUCGAUGUGAGUAAAGUACUGCUCCGUCUGGCCUGUGGUGGCGCUCAACACAUCCCUAUCAUCGACAACAGUACCGAAGAAGAGGAAGAGGAGGACGACGACCAAUAAAUCAGUUCAUACUUUUCAUUAUAGUCUCAUUUUGUGAUACAAUUAUUUGUAAUUGUCUUAAAAGUAAUUUAAUUAUUUGUUUGUUUUUAUAGUGUUUUAAUUUUAAUGUUUCAUUUCAUAUACAAUCAGUCGCUUAGACC